AUGGGACCCUCUGUUUCCCAUGCCGCAAAACUCAGUGACCCUGUAGAGACCAUAGCAAUCCUGGAGAAACUUUAUUUACGGGACAAGGAUUUCGUUUUGUGCUGUGUAAAUGACAGUGGAAAAGGACUGACUGGCGACAGUGGCUCACACUGGAGCCUGUUGUUAAUUGACAACAGGUUCAAACAAGCUUUUCAUUUGGAUUCGAUAAAAGGGUAUAACUCUCGCCACGCCCGUGAACUAUGUGUUAAGCUUGGUAUACCUGAUAAGGACUUCAAUGAACUUCCAAAUCAAACUAUGGUAAUACAACUAAGAGCAAUGCAAGGUUGCUGCCUUCCAAACCUGCUCAUGCACCUGACAUUACUGUAA